AUUUCUGGUACUUGAACUCCUUCUGUCCUGAUCGUCACUUUUCUUGCUGUCACGCUGGCAAUCCGGGGAGACUCCAUGCCCGGUCAGCAUUACAGCAUGCCCCCACUUGAUCAGCACAGACACACUAGAGCUAUAAAUUAGCCUCUUGCCUGGUUUUCCUCCAGUCUCCAUGCUACACGGCAGAGAAUCACGCUGGCAUUCACAAAAACGCUGGCCGCUUCCAAUUUAAAAGGAACAGCCUCCGUUUUUUACGCUGGUGACGCAGACGUCUCCAGGUCACAGUAACCAACUAGAGCCCUGCCUGGGCUAAUUAAACUCCCUCGUCCAUUUGUUUGAUGCCCUGUCAUGUUUCCAUUUGUUUAGUUUAUCUGAGAGCACGUUAUAUAUUUAGGGUAAUUCUGGCAUUUUGACCUUGGCUUGUCAACUUUUCUGCUUUCUAUUGUCCCUGACCUUUGGCUAUUCAUUGUUUUAUUUUGACUUCUGUAUACCUGAUCUUGGCUUGUCUUGUACUACUCUAUUGGUGUUUAAUCCGGCCAUUCUAAGGUAUGGUAAUAGGCUUACUGUCUUUUCAUAUUUGCUGUCCUUGUCUUUCCUUGACAUUACGACAGGACCAUUAUGGAUCCUGCAUUUAUAAGCCAGUAAAUGACUACCCACGAGAUCAGAGUAUAAGAACUUGAUCAUAGCAUGGAUCAGUUUGCUCAGUCACUUCAGACUGUUCUGACCGUCCAGCCUGCAGUGUCUGAGGCAUCCUACUAUAAAAGCCCUUCUAUUAAGUGGACACCUCCUCCUAGGUUUAGUGCUGAACAUCUCGAAUGUUGAGGAUUCUUGAAUCAGAUUGAGUAUCGCUUUGAGGCUUCACCUAGGUCUUUCCUUCUGACCGAACAAAGAUUGUUUUUUUUUUUUCAUGAACCAGUUGACUGGUAAGGCUUAACUUCGGCUUACCCUUUGUGGGAAAGCGAGAGAUCCAUAGCUUAUAAUUAAAAGGAAUUUGUCACCGAGUUUAAGCGGUCUUUCAAACCUUUAGGGAAAGAAAAAUCCGCUGCUAAGGCUUUGAUGCGCAUAGAGCAGGGUAAUCGUUCAGUAUCAGACUAUGCCAUCGGAUUCUGAACUUUAGCUCACAAAGUCGACUGGACUAAUAGUGGCUUGGUUACAGCAUUCGCAGAGGUACUGUAUGACACCUUGUUAGACUAAACCACAGCUAAAGAUUUACCAGAGGGGAUAAACGAAUAUAUAACUUACAUGAUGCAAAUAGAUAACAGGCUCAGAGAAAAAGAAAAGACGAAGAGCAAACCGCAGCGCUUGUUUUUUUGGCUCCUCGUUUUUUCACUCUUUCCCUCUAUGCAGCUAGGUGUAACUAAGCUAUCGGAGGCUAAGCAGCAAUACAGGAGAGGUGAGGGUUUGUGUUAUUUAGUGGAAAACUAGGUCAUUUACAGUUAACAUGCUCUAUCCGUCCAGAAAACGUGCUCACCUAAGGACCAUUAGGGGUGUUAUGCCCGGUCAGCAUUACAUAGAUUCCUGCUUCCUAUUUCGCUAUCUUGUGGUGUUGCCAUUUUUGACACCAAAGCUCUUAUAGAUUCUGGAGCAGCAGAGAAUUUCACAGAUGCUUUAUAUACUCUCCUACAUCAUGUACCACUAAGAAGCAGAGCAACACUUUUGGCCAUUGAGGCCAUAGAUGGUAGAUGUGAUGACCACCUAGCCCCCUGACUGGGUACCUCUGUCCAUCGCUGCUUCCUAGUAAUCUUUGAGCACCAUAAGCUCUGUACCGGACACCAUAACCACCACAGCUUGGUUGUGGUCUCUGUCCUCCACCCACCCUGGACCAGAAUUCAGCUUCCAGUGGGUAAACCUCUCCUAGUCCAGAAAGCAAAGCAGGCCGCUCUUACAACAGCAGUCGUAAGCCAAGGGAGUAUAGUGAUUAUAGCAAUCCCCAGAGGGAAUAUGGCUCUAUAAAACCCCCAACCAUGAGCCUAGACAUCAUGAUGGGUAAAACAGCUGACCUUAAAUGCAAGGGGCACUCCCUCAUGGACCUGAGAUAAGACUACAGUAAAAACACACAGGAUUACAUUGGUUCUCAGGUCCAGGACACUCCCAUGCAAAAUAGGUCAAUCCCUGCCCUGUUCAUGGGAGAUAAUUGAGUCAGCAUUGUAUUAAAUUCAAUUAUCUCCAGGCAAAGAAAACACACUUUUAAAAAAAAAAAACCUCAAUACCUUCAAAGCACAAAACCCCCACAAAAGUUACAUCCCCUGAUAGCCUCGAUCUAGGUGACCAACAUAUUCAAAAAUCCCCUUGCUUUCUUUACACAGCCCUCAUAUUGAUUGGAUUCAGGGUGAAGUUUUAUCUUUGGGUGAUGCAUACAACCAAUCAAACCUAUCAAUACUAUUAAUGUACCUACUGCCACACCUUUAUCCACAGAAAUACCUUCCCAAUAUAUGUCCGUUAACACGCUGCCACCACACAGAACGUAUGACUGUGCCAUUUAUUUAUUGCCUGGUAGUGAGCAUCCUAGAGGUCAUGUGUAUCAAAUAUUAGGGAUGUGCAUGGGAAAAAUGUUCAGUUCGGGACUUCAGAACUUUGGGUAAGUGUAGGGGUAGGGUUAGUUUAGGAGUAGGGUUAGGAGGAGGGUUGGUGUUAGGCGCAGGGUUGGUUAAGAGCAGGGUUAGGGUUAGGCAUAUUGUUAGGGUUCCCCAACCGCUACCAGACUCCUCUUGGUUUUGCCCAUUCUACAUCAAUCAUUGAAGUCAUCCCAUUGUUCUUAACCCUUUUGUCUUGUGCAACACCCCCACUGUAUUCCGAGACCUGAUUAAUGAUGUUUUGAGAAAUUACAUUCAUUUAUGUGUCUUGGUAUAUCUUGACGAUGUACUCAUCUUCUCUCCCGAUCUCCACUCACAUCACAUUCAUGUGAAGACAGUUCUACAGACGUUGUUAAAGAAUGGUUUAUAUUGCAAAUUAGAAAAAUGCCUCUUUGGCUGAGGUUCAUUUCUUGGGUACAUAAUUUCUUCUGGUUUUACUAUGGAUCCCCAAAAAUUAGAAGCCGUACUCAACUGGCCCUUAACCAAAGUUCUAAAAGCCAUUCAACGAUUUAUGGGUUUUUCCAAUUACCACCAUAGAUUUAUUCAAGAGUUUUCAACUGCAAUAGCUCCUAUCCCGAACCUAACAAAGAAAGGGUCUAAUACACAAUCCUAGCCUCCUGAUAACUUGUCAGCAUUUGACAGAUUAAAAUCCUUGUUUACUGUUUCCCCCCUUUUAUGACAUCCUGACACCUCCAAACCAUUUGUUUUGGAGGUCGAUGCAUCAGAAAUAGGAGUUGGGGAUGUUCUUUCUCAAAGAGAAUCACCCGUCAAGUUAAGACCACUAGAAACCUGCCUUGUGUGUUAUUACAACCUUUGGAUAUCGCAGACGUAGCUUGGACACAUUUAGCACUGGAUUUUAUCAUUGAUUUACCUAAAUAAAAGGCUCACUACUAUUUUGACAGCCAUUGAUCAAUUUUCUAAAAUGGUGCAUCUAAUUCCUCUCCCCAAAUUACCAUCCUCUUGUGAAUUGGCUUAUAUUUUUACCAAAGAGGUGUUUUGUUUGCAUGGGCUUCUUCAAGAGAUUGUGUUGGAUAGAAGGAGUCAGUUAAUUUCUAAGUUGUGGAAGAAGUUUUGCAGUGAGUUUGGUAUCAAGAUGUCUUAUUCUUCUGCCUACCACCCACAGUCUAAUGGUGCGGCUGAAAGAGCCAGUCCCUGGAAACUAUUUAAGAUGUUUUAUUUCCCAUAACCAAGACAACUGCUCUGAUCUCCUUCACACAACUCCACAGAAGGCUCCUCUCGGUUUUGCCCAUUCUGCAUCAUUGACGUCAUCCCAUUGUUCUUCCUGAUUCCUUUUCUAAAUGUGGUAUGCCUGUGUUAGAUCAGCAUCUAUUUUAUCUUCAGAAUAUCUGGGUUCAGGUUAAAGCCUUUCUGUCCCAAGCAGCUAAACAUUAUAAGCAUUUUGCAGACAGAUGCAGGAGUGUUGGUCCUAACUACAUAGUGUGUGACAAGGUCUGGCCCUCUACACGUAAUCUGUGACUAAAAGUUCAGUCAAUGAAAUUGGCACCACGGUUUGUGGGUCCCUUCCAUGUUUUACACAAGGUUACUCCUGUUUCCUAUGCCCUGGAACUGCCACGUACAUUGCACAUACAAUGUUUUUCAUGCUGAAACCAUUGAUAUGUCAUUGUUACACAACAGCGAAUGGUCCUCCCUCUCCUGUUACUGUGGAGGGUAAUUCUAUUGUUGAUUUGCGGUUCUCCCAAGGUUCCUUGCAAUAUUUGGUUCACUGGAAGGGGUAUGGCACAGAGGAGAGGUCCUGGGUUCCCGGUCACACUGCCAAUACAGGGAGGCAGCAUCCCAGCGUCCAACAGGCUGAAAACUGAGACCCAGCAGGAGGAUCCAAACUGUAAGUAAACUUAUUUUAUGAGUGUGUGUGGGGAUGACUGAGUGAGUGUGGGUGAGACAGAUUGAUAGUGAGUGUGUAUGUUUAAAAAUAUUUACUGUGUGUUUGCAUACUUAUUUUAAGCUGGAGGGUUGCCUUAGGAUGGGGCAGGCAUAGACGCUGAGCUGUCAGCCAGCUCACAAACUCGAAUAGCGCGCACAUGCGCCGUAGAGAGCUCAGUUCUUUCAUAGAGCGGCAUUGAAACCCGCUCUAUGAAGAACCUGAUUGGUGCAGCAUGAAGGUGUGCAUGUGCACCAGAGCACGAUGACGAUUCUCAAAGAAGUGUCCUAUUGGGCCCUGUGAUUUUGAUGAAAAAUGGGGAGUGGGCUGACAAGGAGCUCGGUGCUUGAACGGAGGUACGUUUUAAUGAUAAAAAGGGCUCAAGUUUUUUAUUAGGGACAAGUUCAUAUAAAAGCAAGAAAGAAGGCUAUAUACAUAUACACACACACACACUGAACACACAAACAAGUGUUGCAUUUGUAAUUUUGUUUAGAGUCUCUCUCUCUCCUUGCCUGGAGUUGUGGGAGAGGAUUGUUGAUCCUACUUAAGCACUCCCCCUUUUACCUGCAUCACAGUGGAUUCAGACGUUCGGCAGGUGAUCACUUCCGGUUUCGCUACUUACGGGUCACGAUCCUGUCACUUAAGGUUCACAACAAGCUGCUGCUUUGCCAAACGCUCAGGGGCGCGAAAAAAAUCGUGAGUGUCACAUAGUUCUGGUCCCCUCACCUCUGUGCCACAUGCUCGUGGUCCGCUCUGGGGGGGGGGGGGAAGGGUGUAAUUCACACACACACACAGAUGCAGAAUUUAGAGACCACCCAAGGUCUCCAUUUGCCGGCCGUUUUGUUUACUUCUCCCACGUGGGAGAAGAUCCUGUUACUUCAGCUACAUGUAUAAACAGCUGUGUACACGCUGCAAUUACUAGGAAUACUACGGUGUUACAAUACUGUGUUAAAAAAAAGCACUGGGACCAAUUCAUGUCAAAUAUCUACUGAAACUAAUUCCCAUAUUGCAAAACUAUUUUAAUCUAUUAAUCAGAGAUUACUCGACCUCUAUUUGCACAAGCUGGUGGACUUGGGAAAUAAAUACGGUGGGUCAUCCUUUUAGGAUUACCACCGGUCAUUUUCGGCGAGGGCGUCUGCAAUUUUGGCUCAGUAUGACGUUAAAACUGACUGGAGCCAUAUGGAUACUGAGCUAUUUUGCAGACACUUUGCUGGUCUCAAGACACCAGCUUGUGCAAUUUGUGCUUCUACCUCACAUGCCUCAGACUAUUGUUCCAUCAUGCCAGAGUCCAAACCUGGGACUUUCCAGGAGACAAAGACUAGGAUGGACAGAUCAGGCAAGGACAAACUCUGUUGUCAUAUUGUUACAACCUCGGGAAGUCGUAGGUGUGUAACAACUUUAAUAUAGGUACAUGUGGCUAUAGUGCCUGCAGAUUGUUACAUGUGUGUUCGCAUUGUUUAAGGGCUCAUGCCAAGUCCAAGUGUCUAAUGAAGGUCAUGCUAAACUGUAUUUGACCUCUGUAAACAUUGGUUCUUUGGCUCACGCAUUAGCUUCUUACCGAUCCAAACAUCUAGUGGAUUUCUUGAUUGAUGGCUUCACGGAGGGAUUUCACACAGGUCUGGUACAUAUCCCUGCUGGCACUUACGAAUGCAACAAUUUGCAAUCAGCGUUUUCUGACAUGGAAAUGGUUGAUGCUCUUUUACAAAGAGAAUUGGAAGAUGGCUUCUUGUUGGGACUUUUUCAGGCACCCCCAUUUUCCAGUUGGAGAACCAACUCUAUAGGAUUAGUCACCGGGAAAUCCUCAGGGAGAUGCAGACUCAUUCUAGACCUAUCUGCACCUCACUCCUUGGCCAUACCUAGCCUUAAUUCUCUAAUUCCAUCAGAGGAAUUUUCCAUUCAGUACGCCACCAUAGACAAAGCCAUACACACCAUUAUUACAGCUGGUGUAGGGGCUUGGCUGAAUAAGAGACAUCAAUGCAUUUAAAUUACUACCCAUACGCCUGUCACUAUGGCAUCUGCAUGGUCUGAAAUGGAAAGGUUUCUAUUAUUUUUUCACAAGGCUCACGUUUAUUUUAUACCUUUGUCGAAACCUUAUAUUGGUUCCUGUUGAACAAUUGCAGAUGCCAUGCGGUAACAUUAUCUAGAUGACUUUCUGUUCGUGGAGAAUAAUUCCUGUCCUCCUCCUGAUCUAACUAUGGCCAUCUCGUUUUUUCAUUCCUUGGGGGUGCCAGUUUCUACCAAGAAAACAGAAAGCCCUGACACGUGUUGUGGAUCCAAAUAAUGAUCUUUGUUAUAUUCAGAGGAAGCCCAAAUUAUUAUCACAAGUGCACUUGGAGAAGCAAAAAUAAGACACCAGACACCUGUUGGUAUUCAAAAUAAGCCUCUGCCGUUUUAUUCAUCAGCUGGGUUUUAUAUAUUAAAAAGUAAGUUCUCAAAGAACAGUAAUAGGAAGGGAGUACAGAUAAGACAUAGGGAUGAACGUCAUGGACACACAAGUUCCAAGGUAAGAAAGAACAAAAAGAUGAGAAGAUACAUCUCAGGUGGGGGCUCUCUGCUCCCGGAACUAGACAUAUAUGGUCUUAAGCGUUGUGUUAAGCAUCAAGCAUUUCCUUUCCUGAGUCCAAGUUAGCCAAUUUUAAUAUAGGAUAUCAUUAUAUGACACCUAUAAGCUUGAGCCUUGGAAUCAAGAUAAAUUCUAUCACACACAGUUAAUUUCUUGGGUAUCCUGCUCAAUUCAGUCAGCAUAGAAGCGAGCCUCCCCUCAGGCAAUAUUGAUGGUAUCCUACAAACCUUAAAUGACUUUCUGCAUAAUAGGACAUGCAAUCGAAAGGAAUUGCAAUCUUUGUUGGGCUCACUAAAUUUUGCAAUACCUAUCAUUCCGCAAUGUAUAGCCUUUAUUUCUAGACUCCUUUGCCUCCUUCCUCUAUUGCCAAAUGGAUUCCCAGGCUACUGCGGAUUUAUGAAUGUGGCGCAAAUUUCUUGUUGCAAUGGAAUGGCAGAAGUAUGUUUUUACCACAAUUGUCUAUCCAUUCUCCUGUCAUUUGGAUGGAUGCUGCAGCAUCAACAGGUUUUGCUGCCAUAUUUGGCAAUGAGUGGCUCUGGGAUGGUUGGCCAGAGGUACAGCACAUCGAAGGGGUCUCACGCACCUCAGCCUUAUUCGAGGUAUACCCUAUAGUUACAGCAGCCAUGGUAUGGGGUCAGUCUUUGGUAGGUAGCUCUGUACGCUGUUUUUCCUACAACCUAGCUUCAUCAUAAACAAGGGUCGUUCCUCAUCUCUGACGAUCAUGAGAAGACUGACCUGGCUGCCUGUAAUCAGUUUUAUUUGGUGUGUUGUCAUGUACCAGGGAUCUAUAAUACUGCGGCUGACAAAUUGUCUCACUUUGAAUUCCAGGCCUUCAGAGACAUUAACCACGGCCUCUCCAACAGUCAAUGCAGCACCGUGUUUUCAGGAUCUUGUAAUGGAGUAAAAGAAUUGGCAAGGCAUAGUCUCACCUUGGCUAGUUUAGCCCUAUCUGGAAACACUAAACUGUCCUACAAUAGAGCCUUCAAACUGUAUAAGAUUUACAUUAGAACAUAACUUGGUUCAGUUUACCAUUUCAACGUUGUGUGAUCCUUGUUUGCAGAUAGCACGGUCCUCUAGGGUAAACAGGCACAGUCCUUUUAUUUUCAUAUACUCCAGGCACUUUAUUUGUAAGUCCACACAGGAGACAGCAGCAAAUGAAAACAUAAAUAUAACAAAUCCCUAUAAACAAAAACCUAGCUCGUCUGAGCACUUGCUAACAUCAGGUUCCCGAUCUCUCAAGGGUUUAAACUAUAACAGAAUAAUAAUUGGUUUCACCAACCUAGUGCCUUUGUCAGAUCUCUGCACUCAACACUCAGUAAGCAUGUGGCUUCCAUUCCUUUUAAGAAAGAAACAAUUCUCUCCCACUGCUCAGUCUCCUUGACUCUCACAGGAGAGAACAGCGUCUCUCCUUCCUGCGAGGAAGCCAGCAAUCCCCCUUUACCUGCCUAGUAGGGAGGGGUUUAUUCCCACUGCUGCAGCUGAUUAUCUGCAGCUGAGCAGUGGGUUGGAGACAAAACUCUGACCUGGAACUUAUUUCUCCCAGUUGUAUGCAAACUGCAGAGUCGAGCAUUGGCCCACCCUGCUCUCCAAUUGCUCCACCCCAGGGUCCCAUUACUAAACUUUGAUUUGUGUUGCCUACAACACAUACUACACAUACUCCCCCCUGGAGUUAAAUGUUAUAGGGCUAGCUGCCUUCACUUUAUCACAGCUGGUAGCUUUUGCAUCCUUUUGUCAUCUCAAACUCAAAGACCAUUUAAUCGGAAUCCAACACCACAUGUAUACCUUAUACCCAGAUUUUUAUUUUAUUUUUAUUUUUUUUUAGCAUCUUACCCCAUUUAAAACAUACGAAAAAGGCAUACAGAAAACCAGUACCACUCCUCCAACCACAAGAUUACCAAUGCACAGACCGUUAUUUAAGGACAUGUCUGACUUAUUGGAUACUGCCCCGUUUGAACACACCACAAAUCUGGUAAUCAAAACAGCGAUUUAUUUGGCUUAUUACGCUUUUCUUAGACCUUGCAAAUUUAGCAUACAUGGUAACAAAUACGCACGAGACUGCCUCAAACGUUCCUAUCUCAUUAAAUGACAAGAUCACUAUAUCUUGUCCCUACCCGUUACUAAAACAAGUCAGCUGGGUAAAGUAGUGCAUAUCACAUAUUAUCCUACUUCAAACAAGUGGUGCCCGGUAAAUGUACUGAAUACAUGUCUCCAAUCAUUACCACCUUAGUCUGACAUCCCGCUGCUAGUCCUCCACAAAGCUGCCUUAACAGCAAAAUUCAUGCAGUACGUACGCAUAUUACUGACCAGACUAGGUCUGAACGCUAGCAAUUUUUCUGGCCAUUCUUUUCGGAUAGGGGCAGCCUCCAUAGCCUCUAGUCCCGAUAUUCCAGUACACGUAAUUAAGUCUUUAGGCUGCUGGAAGUCAUCAGCCUUUGCUUUGUGUAUACCUCAACCGGUGUUAGAAAUUAGGUCUGCCUUUGUUAAAUUGUCAUCUUGAGGUAUUUUCUUUGCACUAUGUUUCAUCUAUGCAAUAAAUAUUUCUUUGGUAAGACACUGCUAAUUUUUACCCUCUUUAUUACAGGCCACCGCAUAUGUCGGUUUUGGCACACUUCAAUUGACUUGUUCAUAUCUAUAAUUUACACCAUGCUAUACAUACAUUUACGUUACAAGAAUAGCACCGUACACAAAAAAAAUUACAUACAUACACACACACACAUGAUCUUGGUUUAUAUUUAUUCAUUCAUAAAAGGUAAUUUUGAUUUUAGUUUAUUAGUUAUAAGUGAUAAGCACUUUAAUAAUACCCACUUAUGUCAUUUAACCAAUCUUGGAGUAAGGACUCAUCUCACUGCUCGAUCUGAUGUGAGUAUAAGUGUAACACAUUUGGAAUGCACACACCAUCACUUCCACAUGAGUGGAAGGUGACUUAUAAGCACACGAACUCCAGCACCCGGAAUGAAAUGGAACACAUACUUGGAACACAUGAUUUAGCGCAUGCUGCACAAUGUAGGAAAGCCAAUGAAAGCAUGGAUAGAUUAAUUAAGAGGGGUUUAUAAGAAUAUGGUGGGCAGGGAGGUUUAUAUUCAUGCUUAACUUGUACUAUCUGCAGAAUUGUCCCUAAUGUGGGAUUGCGAUUACCAACUAAUGAGUAAGUGAAUAAAAUGGUAUUUUGCCCUUUAUCUUGCUCAUGUUUUAUCUGGUUGCACCUCACAGAUUUUCAACUCAAUGUGGACAAUAUAAAUGAAAUAAACACUCCUGAAACAAGCACUACUCAAUGCAAUCUUUUGACUUACAGAUUGUGAGUGACCAAUUGAUAAAACCUAUAUUGUCUAUGUUUUAUCAUUUUUAACUUCCUUAGCAGGAUCACCCCGUAUUGAGUAUUUAUUUAUGUUGAAGAUUUGAGGACAUCUUCAGGGUGGAAUCUUUGGAAAGAGGGAAGCUAAUUGUAAAAGUCACUUUUUUGUAUAAAUAGACCCCUAGCAUCCCCUGGACACUUAUACUUCUGCCAAGAGUGUUGGGCCCUAAAAUAUGAUAUCCAUCUAUGUGGCCUUUGCCACUGUGAUUAUAGCAACUAAGUUCUUUAAUUCCUUUCACCUCUGCACCACUUUUCCAGAUUAGGAGAGGUUAAGGCGGUUGGUUGUGCCACCUAAUGGUAGUGUCAGCCCUGCAUAAAAGUAAAAUGUGUAUGCCUUUUGGGUAGAAAUCCUGUCAGGAUGUAAGAGGAGAAAUAUUGUAGUUGUAGGAGUAUCUUAGAAACCCCCAAAAUUUGACUAUUCCAGAAAACCAGCUGUUAGAGCAAAUUGAAAAGGUAUACAUUGGAAUGAAAACCAUAAUCCCUGGCUAUUAUUACUAUCUAGACAUUGACAUGGGAUAGUAGAAUUUACACCUUCAUUUCUCAAUUAGUAGAAGCACCAUCUAUCAUGGUUACUUAUAUGGAUCUGGUAACGACUAAUGAUGACUUUUGGGGAUCAAUUGUGAAUAGUUUAUAAUAUAGUAUAUAAUAUGGUAUCUGUUUUAAAUUUGUAAAAGCAAGUUUAAGAGGAGUUAAAUAAAAAGUUUACAAAGGUAAACAAAUUCAGAGAGCUUUGCACAUUCACGAUUAUUAAUUAUAGAAUGCUAAUAUAUUCCACAUAGCUUUAUCUUAUAUCCAUUAUAUUAUAGACUAACAGAAAGGUACUGUUAUGGUACAAAGGGAAUUGUUGAAAAAUGUGAUGUUCUGUGGAAUCUCUUACAACAACCUGGCACUUUGUGAAUAUGACUUUCACCUUCAUGUCUUUUUAUCCCAAAUGUUCUCCCCUCUGGUUUUUCAUCUCUAAAUUGCCUCAAUAGCCCCAUGUCUCCCCACCCAUAAUAGUGUUUGAUUUCUUUUUUCUUUCUAACCUCAGACCUUAUAUUUCAGACUGGACCCCUUAAAGCCGUAUUAACAUCCAGCACUCCCAAGCAACCAAGUCCUGCAGAAUGUACAAGUAAUAUUACUUCUAGAUAUGGUAGUAUAAUAUGGCAAAAAAAAAAAUAAUUAAGGAAGAAAUGAUACCAAUGGCACCAAUUACUCCUAUUUUUAAAUGCUUAUUAAAGUGUCAUAAGAAAAGGUAACAAAUAGAACAGUUUCCACAACUCUAGUCUGCCCAACCUCAUUUCAUAGCAGAACCAAAGCUUAACCUUUUUCCUGACGGAGGCCGUACUGCAUCGAAUAUGGAAAUUCUGUAUUUUAUUUCAGUUCUUGUGUUUGCAAUAUAUUUAAGAUUCUGUUUAGACUUAUUAAAUUUAAAAAUGUAGAUUUUAGGGAGAUUCUAUACAGUUUCUUGGACUUAAUUUCUUUGAAUUUACCACAUCAGAAUUAUAAUAUCUCUAAUUGAAAUAAAAUUAGCACAAGAAACAGUCACACCAAUAUUCAGUUUAUAAAAAGAAUAAAAAUAAACUGCCGUUUAUUGAACAACAAAAUCUGUUAAUAUGGGCGAUGCCAAAACAUAAUACAAUGGGUUGGGGGUAAUUUGAAUUCAAUGGGUUACACAAUUGAAUUCAGCUUAAUAUUCCAAAUUAACCAGCUAACUCAGUUGUAAUGCAAAUACAUUUAGAAAAAAAUGUGCAUUCAAUUUCGUGUCACACCCAUCCCUUUAGUCAAUUAAGUUGCAGAAAAGAAUUAUUGCAUAUUCAAAUAGUUACUAUUGUAUUUUAGUAUAUAUCUGCAUUUUUUGUCAUGUCUAAAGACAUAUUUGAGGUUUCAGUAAUCACUAUACCGAGCAUUGUGGACCCCACUUUUGAUAUACAGUAUAUAUAUAAUUUAGUAAAACAUGUUUUCUGUUCUCCCCAAAGUUUAUUAAAUUGUCAGGAAUGUCACAAACUCUUAAUUUAUGAGGUAUUUAAUAAAAAAAAAUAUUCCUACAUAAAGUAGGCCAGUAAUAUGUCCACCUUUAAAAUAUUAGAAUUAAUCUGUUAUCAGGACUCGUUCCCACUCAUUCCUGCAGGACUCGACGUUCCUGCACUUUUCCCUCAGCAGGAACGCCGUUCCCGUUACUAGUCCUGCAGGACCUGCCCUUUGCGUAGCAAGUCUCUCUGAUGCUCAGAUGGUUAAAAUAUCCUUUGGAGGCAGAUAUUUCUGUAACAUGUAAGUCACACCAUGGUUACAAAUAACUUCAAUACAGAGCUUGGCAGCAUUAAAUACAAUGCAUCUUCACCGGUAUUAAAGUUGGAGUUUGGAAUGUGCAGUUACUGUAUGUGAUACACUGUGUAUCAGUACAGUGAACUUUCAGAAUGGUGAAUCCACUGAUUGAUAAGACAUUCCAACUCCGAUACUAUACUGAAACUGCACAGACACCCCCACUCUUACCUAUAGGAGUGUUUGGCUGACCUGCAAAGAUGAAGAGACAGUUUCCACUUACUUGAGCCAAGCAGAUGCUAGCAAUACUUAAGGCUAGGACCAGAAGAGGGGGCACCCACUCUGGACAGUCUGAGCCAUAGUACAACCUAUGGCUAGGCAAAAAGGCUGAGUAUCCUUCCCUCUGCCCGAUUAUGGGACCCACAAGAAAAUCCCCCAAAUGAAUCAGUUAACACUAGCUGCAAGGUAAGCCCUGGAGAAAGUCUCAAAUCCUUAUGUUUAUUAAUAACCUGGGAGGAGGGCAGUGAUGUUUGGAGGAUGCUUGGACUAUGGGAUGGGAGGAAAGAGUGCUACAGGUCUUUUAACCCUUCAGGUGGAGUCUCCAAUGCAACAUGUGGUGUCAAACUCAGCUUUUACAUACACAACCCUGGCUUAAGCAAUGGGUUACUAAACCUUAACCCCACUCUAAUAGGUAGCAGAUUAUAAUUUUUACUGCAACAUUCCCACGCAGACACCAUCAUGACUUUUUUUAUUAUCAAUAACUUGAUGAGAUCAUCAGGGGUCCUGGUCAAAUAUCCACAUCAUUUGCAUACUAUGAUAUAAAUAUGACUGCAUUUAUUUUAUUAUUGUGUUGGGCUGUGAAGGGCAUUAAUGUUCAACAUCUGGCUCUUUAAUGGAUACAUUUAAUUUGAAUGAGCCUUGAACUUGUAAACAUGCAAUAAUUAGUGUAAUAGGCACACCACCAGCAGUCUGACCUCAGUGCAAAGCGACAUGUAAGAUAGAAAAUAAAGGUGCAAGUGGUGUAAUCAACCUACCACUUUAAACAUUAAAACUUCAUAAAUAUAAGAAGAUUGAGCAUAUAAAAAAUUACAUAACCGUGGGCAAUAAUUAUUCUGAAAAUAGCUUACAAGUAUAUGCUAUAUAUAUCAUGGUAUGAAGCCAAUACAAUUAACAGUUAGAAUUACAGCAAAAUAAUUUUAGUAGAAACAUGUACUGGAUAAUUUCAGAAAUACAUUCCACUAAAGUACAUUCCACUUUUACCCAGAGGCCUAAGACUAUCAAAAAAUCCUGCAAAUGGAUUAGCUAAUUCCCGCUAUGCUGAUAGAUGGGACGUAGCUCUGGAAACAUGUGCAACAACUCUAAUGGAGAUUAUUGUUGAUUUUGAGAAAGAAUCUAAAAGAUGUAACACAAGAACUAGAGAACGAUAAUAAAUUUGAUAAAUAGGAGUUUAGAAUUUAUAGGAAAGGAGAAGAUUGUAUAUGAUAGAGUCCAAAAAAUGGACGAAAAAAUAGCAGAAACAAAAAAUGGAAAAUAUAAAAGAUAAAAGGGAAAAAGAAAAUCGCUUUUUCUCCAUUAAAAACAAGACUGGAAAUUGAGAAUUUAAGGACAGGCGCAGCUUUCAAAAUGAUAGUGUUGAUUAUAGACAGAGAAAAUCUAAUUUCAAAGCUAAUUUUAAUUCUAACUAUAGCCGUGAUUCCAUUUCUUUUAGAAGGAGUAACGAGCAAAUUAGACCCCAUUCACCAAGGACCAGAUUUAGCAAUAGGUCAGUCUCUAAUGUCCCACCUAAAGAGAAAUCUAAUACUCAGAAUCCAAACAGGAGAGAAAAAUCGCCUUCCCCUCAUACAUACAAUAGUAGGGAUUUUUUAGAGUAGGGGCAAAACCUAAGAACCAAGAAAAAAAGAAGUCACCCAAUAUUUUUCACCCAGAGCCCCAAGGAUAGACCUGACCAACCGCUUUGCUCCUCUCAGAGAACGAAAUACUCCAUCCAAAAAGAGGAGACUAAGUUUGGAGAGAGAGGACUCCAAUUAAAUCCACAUAAAGAAGAGGAAUUAUUGGGUAUUUUUAAUAUAUCUAAUGCACACCUCACUAGAGAGGAAUGCCUUAUUUUAAAAAAGGGUUUGAAAUACACCCCUAAUGUCCCUCCUGAUUCUUUAAAAAAAAAAAAAUAUAUAUAUAUAUAUACAUACACAUAUAUACACACACACACUGAAAUUUUUUAGAAAGUUAAGUCUCAAAAGGUUCUUCAUCAAAAAAACAUUGGAAGAACCCUUAAGAGGAGAAUCUGAGUAUAUAUGUGACCAGGGUUCUUUUAAGAAAUUCAAACCCCGGUCAACAUUUUGCCCCUAUGAAAAAGGUGGACAAAUAGAAACUUUUUCCAAAAUGGUGAUGUCAGAUCUCGACAAAUUAACCAAUAAGAAAGAAUACUGUAAUAUGUCUAAACAUGAAAUGCAAAUUCUUAAUGUUCUAAAGAGGAGAGAUGACAGUGAUAAAAAAUGCUGACAAGGGGGGAGGCAUCGUUGUUAUGACUGUGGAAUUUUAUUUGGGAGAAUCAUAUAGACUAUUGGGGGAUGAGAAAACAUACAUUAAACUCUCCAAAAACCCCAAUGAGACGUUUAAAUCCCAAUUAAAGAUCUUAUUAGAAAAGGCAGUCCAACAAGAAGUGAUAGACAUCGGGAUUUUUGGGUUUCUCUAUCAGGAGAACCCUAGAAUUCCGACCUUUUACUUCUUACCCAAAAUACACAAAUGCACAGUGAACCCACCAGGCAGACCUAUCAUUAGUGGCAUUAAUUCAUUAACAUCGAAUCUUUCUCAGUUUAUUGAUUAUUCACUACAAAGAUACGCCCAAUCGGCCCAAUCCUAUUUGAAAGACACUAAACAUCUUUUGCAGGAGUUAGAGUUGAUUGAAUGGCAUGAGGAUUAUAUGUGGGCAUCUUUAGACAGAGCUCAUUAUAUACAGUGAUUGACCACCAAUUUGGCCUACAAGCAGUUAAAGAUAACCUAGAUAGAGACACGUCUUUAGAUCCAGCAUUUGCAGGGUUUCUUUUAGAAGCCAUUGAAUUUAUACUUACCCACAACUUCUUCAUGUUCAAUGAUGAAUACUUCCUGCAAAUCAAGGGAACAACCAUGGGCACCAGGUUUGCCCCAAGUUAUGCCAAUAUUUUUAUGGACUUUUGGGAGGGUAGGUCCAUUUGGGAUAACAAUCCAUAUGGGGCAGGCCUGGUGCUCUGGCAUCAUUAUAUAGACGACAUCCUUGUCAUAUGGAAGGGGUCUGAACAACAACUACGUGAUUUCUUUCGAUACCUCAAUGAUAAUGCCCUCUCUUUGAUUUUCAGUCCAGUAGUUAGUUCCACUUUUAAUGACUUUUUGGACCUGACCAUCUUCAGAGGAUUCUCAGAUUCUUACUAAAACUUAUUUCAAGCCUACUGACACCAACAGCUUUAUUGUAUCAAAAAGUGGACAUCAUCCGAGAUGGUUAGCAGGGGUUCCUAAGAGCCAAUAUACUUGGCUCAGACGGAAUUGUUCCAGUAAAAACACCUUUAUAGAACAAGCCGAAAUUCUAACCACCAAAUUUGUAGAGAAGGGAUAUGAGAGAGGACAACUGGAUAGAGAGGUUAAAAGAAUUGGAGAUAUCGAAAGAGGUGAUCUUUUGUUGAAUAAAGUAAAACCAACCAAUAACUCAGAUAGAUCCUUUGAAUUUGCAUUCAACACAAUACAACUAAAACUUUUGCCAUUAAUAAAAUGAAGACAUAGGAGCACAACUCCCACAAUAUCCCAACAUUAUUUAUAGAAAAGGAAAGAACCUUUCGAGUUUUCUUGCCCCAAGUCUCUUUCAGAAGACUAAACCCUAUUAUUCCAAGGGGUUUCAUACUUGCGGAAUGUGUAAAGCAUGUAGAGGUCAGCCUUCACAUACAUAUUCCUUUUCUAGUUUUGUUACAAAGGAGGAAUUUAAGAUCCAGGGACACGUUACAUGUUCCACACAUGAUGUAUAUCUCCUCACAUGUGGAUGUGGAGUGCAAUAUGUUGGGAGAACAGUGAGGAAGGCCAAGGUACGCUUCCUGGAACAUAAGAACAAUAUACGGAACAAGUUGCUCAACCAUUCUGUUCCAGUACACUGUAACCGUUGUCCACUCUUUGAUACACAUGUAUUUUCCUGGGUGAUUAUUGAGCAGAUAUCACUUGGUGUGAGGGGAGGUGAUAUUGUUAUGAGACUUAGACAGAAGGAGGGUUUUUGGAUACACAAGCUUAAAACUCUUCAACCAUUAGGGAUGAAUGUAGAUUUUGAUUUAAAUAUGUUUUCUUUAAUUUAUUAAUUUGAUUUUUUUUAUUAUUUCAUUUUUAUUUAUUUAUUUUAUUUUUUUUAAUUUUUUAUUUUAUUUUUAUUAUUAUUUCAUUUAUUUUUAUAUUUAUUUAUUUUUAUUUUCUCUUUUCUUUUUAUUUUUUUAUUAUUUUAUUUUAUUUUUAUUAUUUCAUUUAUUUGUAUUUAUUUAUUUAUUUAAUUUAUUUAUUUAUUUAUUUUCCUUAUAUCCCUAUUUGGGAUUAUAGCUUGUGAUUCCAUCAAUUUCUCUCCCUCUGUUAAUAGCACUCAAUGUAUAUUGAUUUAUGUGUGUUGACAAGCACUCAAUGUGUAUAUCUAAUUUAUAUCUGAUGGAUUUCAUAUGAAGUGUUUGGGUGCACUUUCACCUGAUUAUUGAUGCUUGUAGCAUCCUCUCAGUAUUUUCUUUUUGUUUCCGAGAUCGCUUGAAGUGGAACGCAUAUGCGUUCCACACGCUGAUUGAUGAUGUCAUCGCGGACCACCGGCCGGUGGAGCGCAUAUGCGUUCCACGAAAAAAUGGAAGUCCUUAUUUGGUAACGAACAGACGAGGCAACCAAGAACAGGUGAUUCCGACAUCCCUGAUUGGGGGAACAAAUGAUAAGAAGACCCUUAAAAGGAACUCUGGACUUUGAUAUAAUGUGAUGCUUCAUUUUUUGUUAUUGUAUUAUAUUUUAUUGUAUUUUAUUCCAUUUGCUCCUGAGGAAGUUUCCAUUUGGGAGACAAAACGCGUUGAGCCACACACCAAGGCUUAUUUUGGGUCUCUCAUCCAGCUGAAAUCGACUGAUAGAGACUUAUUGAUGAGGUUUUUAAUCUUCCACUUUUUGUAAGUGCAUUCAAUUAAAGUGUCAUUUAAUAUUUAAGCAUUAUUAUACUAUGUCCAGUUCUUUCCUUUUAAUAUGUACCCUGGGAUUCUGAGGACAUUGGUGGCUGAAUAUUGAAAGACAUUCCGAUGGGCUUUUAACAUUACAACAUCUUGUGAGUGCAAUAUUUACUUAAAGGGGCCACAUCUUUGAUUUUAUAGUGUUGCCCUAUGAAUCUCUGUCCUGAUUUUUUUUUUUUAGGU